AUGGCCAAUACCAUCAAGAUUACAGGAGCUCAUGAUGAGAAGUUGUAUAUUGUGAGCCAUGCUGUGAACCUACGCUCAAAGUUUGAUCCACCGUUGCCAAAACAUUCUUUUGGAAACAUUUACCGUGUUGCCAUGACAGGUCCCUUGUUAAGUACUGGGGAUGCAUGCAAUGCAUAUGGUUGGGCUAUGAGGGAAGUACGAGAAGAGAUAAACAAGGUCGACAAUGAGUGCACCAAUGGAUUACAGCAAGGCGGUGAACAGUCAGGGCUCCCCAUGAAUGAGAAUGCUGCUAGACUAAUGGAACUAGAGGUGGUUGCGUUGGGCUUCAGUAGCUAUUGCAGGUUUCCAGCGUAUGAUAAUGAUUUCGGUUGGGGAAGGCCUGCGUGGGUGUUCUCAGCACCAUUGACCUUCAAGAACAUAAUAGCUUUCAUGGGCACCAAAGAGGGCGACGGAAUAGAGGCAUACAUCAGCUUGGAGGAGCAACUCAUGGCUGAAUUUGAAACUGAUGCCGAGUUCUUGGCCUAUGUGUCUCCAAAGGGUGCUGAAGAGUCCUUUGGUUGUUAA